AUGCUGCGCGGAGCGCCCACCAUGAUGUUGAUCGUAGACCUGUGUGUAGCAACAUGCUUCUUCAACCACUGGCCCCAGAACGACAUCUUCUGCCCGGCGUUUGCCUAUCUAAUGUACGUGGCACUCACAGCCGAAUGUAUUAUUCUCAUGAACAUCACCAUCGGACAAUAUCUGGUCAUCGUUCACCGUGUGUCCAACAAGACAUGCCUACACCACCAUAAACAUCUGCGUCUUUGCUCAUUACUUGGUCUUCCUUGGCUGGUAACUAUGGCCAUUUAUCUGUUACCGCUCACUCAGAUCUGGGAUAAGUUUGGCUACGAUCCCAAAAAAGGAUACUGUUCGCUUCUCAGUGUAGGAACAGGCGCUGGGUUCUUAACCAUAGGCGCCAUAACACUCACCUCGACGAUGACGCUAAUUACUUUCUACUGCUAUGCCGCCAUUUUUCUGGUCCAGUUCACAUCUAGAAGAAAGAUCAACCCAGACUUGCAAAUGGACAGUGCCAGGGGUAAAGGUCAGACACGGAAUAUCCAGCUAAUAAGAAUCAUUACAGCCAUUCUGAUCAACUACACGGUCACUUAUCUUCCGUUUUUGAUCACAUCUAUUGUAGACCCAUGUCAAGUGAAAACCUCCGAGUCACUGUAUUCGGCUGUCAUCUAUGUGUCUUGGUCACACGUGGCUACCAAUCCAUUAAUUUACGCUCUGCUGAACACAAGAAUCAACGCAAUGAUCUGCAGUGGACGUUUGCCGUGCAAAAGUAGUCAAUCCACGGAGGUCUCCAGAAAAGUUACAGAUGGAAUAGAUGACAGGGAUAAUGAAAUUAACACUACAGUCUAG